GCGCGUUUUGUGUGUUUUCAUUUUAUACCCUUUUCAUAUUUUUCAUUUUUCUGUUUUUUUUUCCUCUGUACGUGUCUUUUCUCUCUUCUGCUCACUCUCUCUCUCUCUCUAGAAAGUGUGUGGAGCCCAAAACUGGUCCUCUGCUUUGCUGGCUCGAAGCUCGCCAUUGUUGGUUAUUUUAAUGGGGUUUUGUCUAAAGAGAUGAGAGAGCCCAGAGUUUAGCUGCUCCCAAUCACACACAGUAAUAUUUACAUCAAAAGAGUAUACCUUCUCUCUGUUUAUCUGCCUUUUCUCUCUCCUCUAGCUUUCUCUUUGUAUAUUGUUAUUGCUAUUUGCGAUAUUUCAAUUUCCCCCUAUUUUUUUUCCUUUCACCAAUCACCUCAUCGAAAUCAACAUCAUCUUCUCGUUCAACCUGUUGCUCUCAAGGAAGAAAAAGCUUACAUCAAGUGUUUCUUUAUUUGGCUCCGUUUCGAAUUGUUAUUUCGAUUUGCUGGAUCCACAGAUCUGAACCAUUUUCGUUUUCAGAUCUCCGUUUCCGCAAUCAGCUCUGGAGGAGGAUUAGAUAUACAGAUUAACACGAUUGAGUUCUAUCAGCGUUGAAGGUGGUUAAAUUGCGGGCUCGCUACAUGUGGACAAUUUGGAGGGUCUUUUGGAUGAGAUGAGGGAUGUUAUCUGGGUUGAUGAACUUUUUGAGGGCCUGUUUUCGGCCAAGGGCAGAUCGUUAUGUUCACUCGGGUUCGGAUGCCGGUGGUCGUCAGGAUGGGCUUCUUUGGUAUAAGGAUACAGGACAACAUUUCAAUGGAGAGUUUUCUAUGGCGGUAGUUCAAGCCAACAAUUUACUUGAGGAUCAGAGCCAACUAGAAUCUGGUUGCCUGAGCUUGAAUGAUUCUGGGCCGUAUGGCACUUUUGUGGGGAUUUAUGAUGGCCAUGGUGGUCCAGAGACCGCACGGUUUAUUAACGAGCAUCUGUUUCAACAUCUGAAGAGUAAGUACCCUGGAAAGUUUAGCAGAAUCUGUUUUGCUUUAUUGCCACAAAUGCUUAUUGUUACAUUAAAGCAGGAAAUUUGCUAUUUUGCUGUUACUCCAAUGCUAAUGGAGGUCAUCAAGAAGGCUUUCCAAGCUACAGAAGAUGGCUUUUUCUCGAUUGUGAGCAGACAAUGGCCUAUGAAGCCGCAAAUUGCAGCCGUUGGAUCUUGCUGCCUUGUAGGAAUUAUCUGCGGUGGGACCCUUUAUAUCGCGAACCUUGGUGAUUCACGCGCUGUUUUGGGGAGACUUGUUAAAGCGACGGGGGAAGUGCUCGCUGUUCAGCUCUCGGCAGAGCAUAAUGCGAGCAUAGAGUCUGUGAGACAGGAGCUUCAGUCUCUACACCCUGAUGACCCGCAUAUUGUAGUUCUAAAGCAUAAUGUGUGGCGUGUGAAAGGACUUAUACAGAUCUCGAGAUCAAUUGGAGACGUGUAUCUGAAAAAGGCUGAAUUCAACAGGGAGCCUUUAUAUCAGAGAUUCAGACUUCGGGAACCUUUCAAAAGACCAAUCUUAAGUGCAGAACCAGCGAUUUUGGAGCACCAAUUGCAGCCUCAUGAUCAGUUCAUCAUAUUUGCAUCCGAUGGCCUCUGGGAGCACUUUACCAACCAAGAAGCAGUUGAUCUCGUCCAAAAUAGUCCACGCAAUGUAAGACAAACAAUCACAUACAUUCAUAUUUUUUCUAAUUUCAACUGUAUGUUUCUUAUGGCUAGUAGCUAAAAAGCUUAAGUUUGGGCAUAUGUAAUGAGUGAAUUGCAAAUACCCACUCGACAUUUUCUUCUCUUUUAUGAAUUGCAUUCUCGACAGGCAAGGGAUAUUUGUUUUUGUUUUUGUUUUUUUU